CUGUGAGAGCUUCAGCCACUCCAUUGUGUGUGUGCACUCCCUUAAGGACCGGACUUAUCGAACAUCAGGAAGACACCCUACUCACUCAACGAGUCAGUUCACAGUCACAACUCUAGAUUUAACAGUGCAGUUCUCUAAACACACGCGUUUGGGUUCAGUGCUUUUUCUAGACAACAGCCACGCUGUUUUUGACUAGCGCCAGCGCUGAACUUUAAUUUGUGGAUUUAACCAGCCAAGUUGUGACGCAUUUUUUGUUUCCCUGUGUUGUUAACACGUUAUGAAGCCACAUCUAGUCGUCUAUUUGUGUAACAGGAAUUUUAGUCUAGGCAUUUGUGACUUGAAUAACAAUCCGGAUCGGGAGUAUAAUUUAAUAUGAAUGACAACAAUAUGGAUUCUGAUCAAGUUCAACAAACAGAUGGCAGCACAUCAGAAGAAGCAAUAAGUAGUCCUAAUCAAAGGAUGACAAGAUAUCAGAUCCUCACAUUGAUAUCAAUGGCAUCUGUCAACUUCAGCUCAAUGAUCUGCUACUCUAUACUGGGGCCAUUCUUCCCCAACGAGGCCAUGAAAAAAGGAGCCAGUCAGACUGUCAUCGGACUUAUAUUUGGCUGCUAUGCUCUGUGCAAUCUGAUGGGCUCGUUAGUACUGGGUAAAUAUAUUGUCCAGAUCGGGGCAAAGGUCAUGCUAGUUUCAGGCUUAUUCGUAUCAUCGGGGUGCACUGUUCUCUUUGGCUUACUCGACCGAGUUCCUGAGGGAGCUACUUUUAUUACUUUGUGCUUUAUCAUAAGGUCUGUUGAUGCUCUGGGCUUCAGUGCUGCAAUGACUUCUUCUUUUGCAAUUUCAGCAAAAGUUUUCCCCAACAACAUAGCAACUGUUCUGGGUAGUUUGGAGAUCUUUACAGGGCUGGGUCUGAUACUGGGACCACCAAUAGGUGGAUGGCUGUAUCAAUCAUUUGGAUACGAAGUCCCUUUCAUGGCUCUGGGAUGCUUUCUAUUUCUUAUGGUCCCCUUCAACAUCUACAUCUUACCAAGCUUUGCUGCUGAUCCUACCAAGGACUCCUUCUUCAGGCUGUUCACACGUCUGAAGAUAGUCCUCAUUUGCUUUGCCAUAUUCACCCUGAGCUCUGGACUUGGCUUUCUGGAUGCAACCUUGUCCAUAUAUGCCAUUGAUAAGUUUGACCUCUCUCCAGGUUAUGUGGGUCUUCUCUUGCUUGGCCUGUCGUUGCCUUACUGUCUGGCCUCACCUCUGCUUGGUAUCGUCAGUGACAGGUUUCCUUCCACGAGGCCAUGGUUGAUGGUGCUAGGAGGCUUGUUUACAGCAACUGGUUUCUGGUUCUUAGGUCCUGUCCCCAUUCUGCAGAUACAGAGUCAGCUGUGGCUGUUGGUCUUCAUGCUGGGCGUCAUAGGAUUCUCUCUAAGCAUGAUUGCCAUCCCCACCUUUCCUGAAAUACUCAACUGUGCAUAUGAAAAUGGAUUUGAGGAGGGGCUGAGCACUCUUGGACUGGUGUCUGGAUUGUUUGGAGCAGUGUGGUCCAUUGGAAUGUUUUGUGGUCCAACGCUUGGUGGCUUCACCACACAGCAGCUGAGCUUUGAGUGGGCUGCUUCUGUUCAAGGAGGCCUGGCAUUUUUAGCCGCUUUCUUUCUUGGUAUAUAUUUUCUCUGUCAAGGAACACAACAAAGAAGGGCUCCUCAGAUCAAGAGGAAAAUACCUUCAGAUGAAUGUACCCGUCUCCUGUCCUGAACAACGAUCAUCUGCCAGGAACACGUACAGUGAGAGAUGGGUACCAAACAAUAAACACCACUUCUUAUUAUAUUAUGUGUACGUAUUGCUAGAUUGAGGUGGGCGUGUAUUGUAUUGCUAGAGAUUGUGAUAACACAGAACAAUGAGAAAGAUAUUUCACCAGAUGUAUAAAUGUGAAGAAACCGGUUGGCGUUUCCACUCACUACCAAACAUUGUGGUGAGAGGC